AUGGUUCUGGCUUUCUACAAGGCGUGCUCAAUGACGUUUUGUUACGAUGUUGUGACGCUGAACACCGAAAGCUCAGUGGAAGUGCACGGAACUAUUCAGCUGGUACCAGAGGGGAAGCAAGCCCCAGACGGUGAUAUUGAUAACGUGCUGGACGAAGAAGCUGGAGUCGAAGUGAUGUUUGACAACAGGCAUCUGGUCAUACGCGGCGAGAACGCUUCCAGAAUUCUGCGAUGUUCAAGCAGCGAAAAAAAAACGGACACAAUUGGAGUUCCUAUCUUGCUGAACAGGUUUCCAGCUGGAAUCAAAGCUUUCUACAUGUCUCGAUGUAGUGAUGACAACUCCCUUACGGAAUGUGUGGGUCUUCUUAUGCCAGUUGGUAAGAUUGUCAGAGUAUCCAUGCGUAUGUGGCAUGAAGAGGAUCUUCAUAAAGCUUUUAAUGCAGCGGGUAUUGAUCUCAAAAAUUAUUAUUGUUUUUCUUGCGAUGAUGUGCUCACAUUGGCAAAUUGGAAUUGGCAGAGUUGGCAAAUACCGCACCACGGCCAAAGGUUAAUCACUCGCAAGCUGUCAAGAAUCACUACAAUGCAACGAUGCGCUGAAUCAGUGAAGACAUUCUCUAUCAAUAAUCCAUCAUGGAAUCAUCUGGUGCGCGGAUUUUAUAUGUGGAUUGUUCAGCGCUUGAGUUCAAAACCGCGCUCAUUGGUUUCCUACGAACAAUUGUGCUUGCUAUUCGAUCACCCAAAGCAGAGCUUGAGAAAUGUCAUCACGGUAUUAUCGAAAUUUUCCAUCACAGCUAGAAGGGAGACGAGCAUAUGGAGGCAAUUGAAUUAUAAAGGUCUACAAAUAGCAAUCCAAUUUUCGAUCAUAUAUUUAGAAGCUGCACUAGAACACAUUUAUGGAGUAGAAAGACAACAGGCUCGUCUACAUAUCGCUGAACUACAGAGACGUGAAGACGAAGAGGAGUCGCGAAGACGUGAGGAAAAAGAGGAGAAUCUGUACAUUGAAGAAUUCCAAGAUAGUGAAAGUUUCACGGGACUUUACGAGUCCUCUGAUAUCACUAUGGAAGAUGAGGGUGAAGAUCUUGACUCUGUGGGAUCUUCGUCUAACAGCUCACAGAGAAUGUCCCUUCAUGAACGCACUCUCUGCUAUGCGUGGUACUUGCAGCAAUUCGGACUAUCCUACGAAGAAAUCAAACGUUUGGAGGAACUUUUCUCGAUCAUGAUCGGGGGUCCCAUUCCAAUUACGGUGCUCAUGUUCGAAAUUAACCGAAAAUAA